AUGGACGCGCCACUGACCAACGAGCGCUUCGGCCUGCUACUCACAACCGCAUUCGCCAGAGUUUACAGAGCUUUUCACACCAAUGUUCAUACGCCCACGCGCACUCGCAUCGACAAGUUCAAAGCAGCGCUCAAGCUAGGGGACCACAUCGCCUGGCUCCAAAACUUGGUCGACGUUGUCGCGACGCCUUUUCCUGCCAGCAAUGCCUCUGCUCCAGAUCAAGGCAUAAGGGAGCUAUUGGAGGAGUUCUAUCCCGACAUGACUUUGCGCAACGUCGAGACAGAGGCCUGGUGCGUAUACUUGCGUUAUCUGGGCACGUUUACUCUCUCGACUCUUUUAAAGGCAGCGCGAGACUAUGCAGACAAGUACCCCUCUGCUUCAGCAAAUGCACGAGUCACUCUGCUUGAGCGCGAGGUGAACCACUACGGACCAGAUAUGCUGCGACGACUUUGCUACAUUGGUCUCACGACCACUGGAACUGCAAUCAAGCGCGCUCGUAACGACAAGCUGGUAGCAACAAGUCCUAAGCGGAAAGCAAGCAUGAGCUGGCUGGGGUACUUGCUGCGCUACAUUGCCAGGACCACAUUGGAGGUCUUUGUGCUAGUCUCACUGCGCGACAAGGGCUCAAAAUUUGACGCUCGCGAGCUGCAUGCCCUAGAGGGUCUCUUUCUGGAAGCUUGCAACCCUCUGCGUCUCGCCAACACUGCUUGCGGCUCUUCUGCUCAGAGGUUUGCCGCUGACCAGCUCCGACGAUGGAUGGCAAUGAGGUCCUCCGAGAUGCUCAGUCACAUUCAACUUGGUGAGGGUACUCUAGCGAAGGACUGGACGGUGGCGCACGACCACGCACACGAGCAAGCGCACAUGCUCAUCUUGCAUGGCUCCGCGACCAGCAAGGAUCAGAGAGCAAGCAUAGUGUUGGGACUAAGUGGCUGGUUGAUGGAGCUGGGUAUCAUCAAUGCUGGUGCCAUCAGACUCACGGUCAAGUCGCCGCAUCUCAUGUCAAGCGAGGAGCUGAGCGAGGUGAGCAGAGCGAUGUGCGCCCGACGCAAACAAGUUCUGAUUGCGCGCCCCCCCCCACCCCCCACAGGACCUCGAUGCGAUACUCUGCGUAGGAGAGAGCGAGUACAGAGAACUGCUGAGACUCGACUCUGCCGUCAUUGCUCACCCUGACUUUGACUCGAUUGGGAGGGGUCUGUCUGCAGAUGCUUGGGUAGAAUCCAGGGUACAUCCCAUCAAUGCUGUGCCAGAUGUGUUGGAGAUUUGCGCAUCUGUGCCAGUCUUUACCACUCUCUCCACCUCUUUUCCAGCAGAAGCCCAUCUUGCAGAGAUUCAUCGCUCAGGAAUCCAGCAAAUGUUUGCAGCUGCUGCUUGGAUGUGCCUUGGAGCUGAUUUCGAGCAGGUGGCAGACAUUGUGGAUGGACUAAGGACCAUUACAAGCGUCAAUGGGGUCUACUUUUUUCCUGUUGUUGCAGAUGAUGAGCCUCAACUUUGACUACCUGGCCGCGGUGGUCAGUCCUUUUCCCUCUUGCUUGAACCAGCCCGUGCCAACACCACAAUCUCACCAGUCACGCUCUCUCUGAUGCGCACAAAGCAGCACGGGUCCACAGGCAGAGUGGAUGACUUUGAUCAGACAACAUCACCAACAGGACCAGCAAUUGAGCUGGAGAUGCUCUUUGUUGUGGCUCAGACUGCAGACCUGACCAUUGUUGGGUAUGUGCAACUCUUGGAGACAAUUGGCACUGGUCUUGCGGAGCCUUUGUAUAAUCUGUGGAGAAGAGGUAUGCUCAGGAGUGGCACGGCAUUUAUGAACAACACCAUGUGGCAAAGAAUGUACACAAAUCUCUUGACAACGCUGCUCAACACCGAAACGUCGCUGGACCUUGGUCUGAUGCGCAUGCAUCCGCGCGGAAAUGCCCCCCACGAGGUUCACUUUGUCUUGCCACAAGUCUCAGCAAGCGUGUCUAUGCUGGCAAAUGCAGUGUCGCAAACGGAUGCCUGUGCGGAGAAUCAAGUGGCACCUGCAUCUGGGCAGGCCGCUUUCAACGCCUACGCAUCGGCAGACUGUUCGAGAAAGGUGUUUGGCGUCAGCGCUCGACUCCCAGCGCACAAGGUUCGCACGAUGCAUCAACAGUUCCAGCAAGCCAUUCCAAAAGCUAUGGACUUUCCGCUGCAUGUCAAAUACGACGAAUCUGCAGGAGUUGUCAGAUUCAUGUCGUGCUGGAAUGAUCAGCAAGAGAAAGAGGACGGUGAGUUGGUGUCGCUCCGAAAAAGUGACGUGAGUGCUGACUCGCGCGUGGCGACGACAGGCCACCAGCCCUUUUUUCCUCGUUGGGAGCCGUUCACGCAGCAACGCGUACGAGACACGUUUGUCGCCGUCUUUGACAUUACCAUUUUGGAAAUCGUCGCAAGCAUCCCGCACGACUGCGCGCCAUUCACGGAUCAACGGAUGCAUACACUCUAUGCUCUCUUGUCGAUGGAUGCUGACCGUCACCUCGAAUCCUCCUUGGCUCACGUUUGGGAAGAUGCGCAUCUGGUUGUGCACGACCAUGAAGUCACUGAUGCGUGGUACAAGGAUGGAGAAGAGAGCGUCAAGCAGCAGCGCAAGGUUGGCGUUGCGGCCUUGGGAAAGAGGCAUGCCAAGGCGCAGCUGCAAGUGUGGCAAGAGAGCAGUGAAGGGGAAGCCCGUCUGUCUUCUUUGGAAACGCGCAUCGAGGAUUUGGAGCAGGAAAACCAGCAGCCUGCUACGAGUUGCAGCGAGGCGAGCAAAGCCAAGCAACAAGCAACAAGCAGAACUUGAGCGCGAUCAGGCAAAAGCUGCAUUGCAGCAAGCAGAAAGCGAGCGUGAUCACUCACACAAGGCCAAGCAGCAAGCGGAGAGUGCGCGCAGUGAGGCAAAUCUUGAAAAAAUAACCGCUCAUGAAGCCAAGUUGCAAGCAGAGCAAGAGCGCAAUCAAGCCAACGUUGACAGGAUGAGUGCUCAGGACGCAAUGCGACGAGCUGAAAGCGAGCGCGAUCAAGCAAGGGAGGCCGCAAAGCAAGCGGAAAGCGAUCGCGAUCAUGCGAUUGCAGAAAAGCAACGAGCGGAAAGCAAUCGCGAUCGAGCGAGCGAGGCAGCAAAGCAAGCGGAAAGUGAGCGCGAUCAGGCAAACGUGGCACAGCAGCAAGCGGAACGCGAUCGCAAUCAGGCGAUCGCAGACAAGACCGACGCUCGAGACGCGAAACAACGAGCGGAACGCGAUCGCGAUCAGGCGAUUGCAGAAAAGCAGCAAGCGGAGGUCAAGCUCAACGAGGCUGUCCAAGAAAAAGCCGAUGCUGACCAAGCAAGGACUAACGCCGAGACCGAGCGCGACAAUGUGUCUGAUCAAGCCAAGAAAGACGCCGAGAUUGCACGCAACACUGCACGGCAAGAGGCUGAAAUUGCGCGCGACGAAGCGAUUGCUGCUGCAACAGAUGCUAAAGCCAAGCUCACCGAGGUAAUCUGCACAGAACUGCGUCUGCGUCGCUCCUUGCCCCCUGUCAAUCUACAAUACGAGAGAUUUGGCAGGUACUUGGAAUUGCUCCAGGACAAGAGCUCAGAUGGCCGUGCUUACCAGGACGCCUUUUGUGCUCCCCGUCGCACUUGGCUCACUAGCCAAGUUCCUACGGCAAUCAAGGGUGGUCCCACUGCUCUUAGGGAAUACUACCUCGCGUUUGUCCUCGCCCGUCGCCAGAGACCACGGCCUGAUGCCUUUCUUUGCGACUUUGAGCACUGCCAAGCAGUACAAAGACUUGCAACCGAUGGCACGGACGAGAUUUCUGGCAUCGAAAUGGGACCAUCUGGCCUCGGGAUCGCAGUCGUCUUGCAAGGCACAGAUCAGUCCUUUCUCGACGAUCGAUUCACGGUACGUCAGUUGAGCGACUGA